AUGGUCGUUCUUGCAGCGUCGAUAUGCACUCGCGGAGGCAAGGCAGUCCUGUCGCGCCAAUUUCGCGAAAUUCCCCGGUCGCGAAUUGAGGCUCUUCUCGCCUCGUUCCCUAAGCUGGCAGACUCAGGAACUCAACACACCACCGUCGAGCAAGACAACGUGCGCUUUGUCUACCAGCCUUUGGAUGAGCUGUACAUUAUCUUGAUCACCAACCGCCAAUCCAACAUUCUCCAGGAUAUCGACAGCCUGCACCUCUUUGCUCAGGUUACCACAAGCAUUUGCAAGAGCCUAGACGAACGCGAGAUCGUGCGCAAUGCAUUCGAGUUGCUAAGCGCAUUCGAUGAGUUGGUGACCUUGGGUUACCGAGAGAACUUGUCAUUGUCACAGAUUAAGACAUUCCUGGAGAUGGAGAGUCACGAGGAGAGAAUCCAAGAGAUUAUCGAGCGGAACAAGGAACUGGAGGCUAGCGAGGAGAGAAAGCGCAAGGCGAAGCAAUUGGAAAUGCAGCGCAAGGACGCCGCUCGUUCAGGCCGUAGCGCAGCCCAGCGGACCCCAUCGUAUCCCGUUUACACACCUCCCGCCCGCCCAUCGGUGCCCGAUACAUAUGAUUCUUAUGAGGCAGAGAAGAAGAAGACUUUCGCAAAGCCUCUCCCAUCACGCGGAAAGGGUAUGCAACUUGGCAAGAAGUCCAAGGCAACUGAUAUCUACGAGAAGGUCCGAGGCGAUAUGGGUCCCGAGCCCGAGGAGGACACCCCGCUGGUUACACCCCAAGUGUCUACACCAGUUCAAGAACCCAUUUCAGCCCGUGAAUCCCUCACAGCGGACCGCGAGCCAAUUCAUUUGACCAUUGCCGAGACAAUUUCUGCAACUCUUACUCGUGAGGGUGCCUUGAAGGAAAUUGAAGUCAAAGGUGACCUUCAGCUUCGUAUUUCGGACCCGGCCUUUACAAAAUUGCGUCUCGAUCUACAGGCCAACCCCACCCAUGGUGCUCAGUUCCGAACCCACCCCAAUGUCGACAAGGCCCUCUUCACCAGCUCCUCUAUAAUUCAACUAAAGGACACCUCCAAGCGAUUCCCCACUAACAACGCGAUCGGUGUUCUUCGAUGGCGUGUGGCUAGCUCGGCCGACAAUACUGAUGUUCUCCCCAUUACAUUUACCGUGUGGGUGAACAAGGGCUCCGACUCCACCACCGUCACUGUCGAAUAUGAGCUCACUGGUAGCGACAGCCUGCGCGAUGUGGUUAUCACCAUCCCAUACGGUGACUCAGAGCCCGCAGUUGCUAGCUUUGAUGCGGUAUACGAGGUCUCGGGUGACAGCCUUGACUGGAACCUCGGUGCCGUUGAUGAGUCGAACCCCAACGGUAGCUUCGAGUUUGAGACUACCGACGGUGACGAGGAUCAGUUCUUCCCCAUGAGCGUUCGGUUCACAAAGUCGAAGCCAUUCGUGGAUGUUGAUGUCACUGAUGUGUCGUUGCUGGAGAUGGAGGGUGAAAGUGCCGGCUUCUCUAAAGACGUUCGCAGUGUUGCCGAGAAAUUCGUGAUCGUUUGA